AUCCAUGUGUACCACUUCUUGGGAAUUCAAAUCCUAAACUUAAAGAUGUAGAAAAUUGUUUAACGAGUUUCCCAUAUAAUAAGACUAGAGCUAAAUCGACCAUUGAAACGUUAAAAUCGCUCACCAAUGAUUUCUAUGUAUUCAACAAUCAAGCUAAAGAACAACCACAUCCAGGAUUUACAUUUGAUCCAAUUGAUCUAGAAAAGGAAUUAGAUAAAAUUCUUGCCACUAAUUAUAAAACGGAUUACAAUUUUCUGACUGAUAUACGAAAACUUUAUAUUAAACUCCAUGACGGGCAUACACAAUUCUACGCUUCUUUUUUCCAUGAUUUCCUUGAUUCUACAAAUAUCGAUUGCGAAGUAACAUUGAUCAAUUCUAAACCUGCCAUUGAAGAAAUUACAAAUUUUGCCAAAAAUAAUAGUUUCAUAUCGCGUGAUUUGGGUGUGCGUUUUAAUAAUGCAUUAACAUCUUUAUCUUUAGUAAAUGGUGUCCUUGAUAUAUCAGGUCUUGGAAGUGAAUUUGUUUUGCGAGAAGAUAUCCCUGAAUCGGAUGGUAUUGAAUACACUUUAAAUUGUCCAAACAAUAAACAACCAAAAAAUUUUAAGAGAGAAUGGCUUAUAGGUUCAACUUACACAACUGGUUUCAAGGAUUCCAAAAGUUUCUUUGAAAAUAAUUGUUUGUGGACAAUUAAUGAUGCGACUUCCAAAAAAGUCAUAGACCCCCAAAAAACUAUUCCAUAUAGUCAUCACUAUGUUAAAACAUUAACUGAAACUGAAUCUGAUACACCCAAUACUUCUAAACCAAAAUACAGUUUAAGUCAAGCUACUUUAGUAUUUGCAACUUAUAGAAAGGCCAUUCAAUUUUAUCAAUCUGGUGAUAUUGGAAUUGUAGUUGUUAGUACAGUACCUCUGGGUGCCGAUUUAGUAAAAGGAUUUAAAUUGUUGGCUGAAAAAGGAGUUAAGAAGCUUGUUCUUGAUUUAUCAAAUAAUCGCGGUGGUUCCGUUGUUUUUGCUGAAUAUUUUAAUUCUUUCUUUGUACCUUCUAAACGUGCCAUCUUUCCUGAUGAUAUAUCUGUUGAAUCUCCAUUAGUGAGAAAAGCAAUUAAUGCUUCCGUUGGCACGAAUGGUGUGUUUGAUCCCACUUCUUUUAUUGACUUCCGAACCGGCAAAUAUUUUAAGAAUGCAGCAGAUUUUAUAGGAUCUAAUAAAUAUAAAAGAGGUGGUACCCUUUCAAGCUAUUCUAACAAACAUAAUUUUGAGCCUAAUAGUGAAAAAAAAUUAAAAUUGCCUUGGAAUAAUACAAACACGAUUAUUAUUACUAAUGGUGUUUGUGGUUCAGCUUGUUCUCUUAUUACUGAAUUUCUUAGCGAAGCUGGUAAAAUACGUACAAUUGCUGUAGGAGGUCUUUAUGAAGAGAAAUUAUCAUAUUCUUCAUUUACAGGAGGAAAUAAUUUGGAUAGUGAUGAUAUUUUUAGAUUUUUAAUUGAUUUAAAAAUAAAAUAUGUACCAGAUUUUGAGUAUUUAGGUACUUCUCUUGGCUUCAAUUUCAGAGAGGCAUAUAGUUUAAAAGAUCCUAAUGUGGUAUUAGAUUUUGAUUUUCGACCAGCUGAUUUUAGGUUAUAUUAUAAUGAAAAGAAUGCUAGAGAUCCAAGUUUAUUAUGGGAGGAUGCUACCCGAAGAAAAAUGGUUGAUCUUGAUAAUAUACCGCAAGAACUUCGCGAACAAAUUUAUAUUAUACAACAAUGGAUGAGAGAUUUAAGACUUGACGGAGAUCUUGAAAUUAGUAGAAAUGGUAUUAAAUAUAAUGGUCAACCGAUAGAUAUAUCUACCGUAACCAUUGGUGAAUUAAAACGGAUCUCCAGGCGAAGAAGAAAGAGGGAAUUGUAA